UUUAGUUAUCGCCCCUGAGAAGAACUCUCUGUACCUCACUGACGCCUGACGAGAAAAUCAAACAUGGCACUGCGGCUUCAAAGUUUUAUUCGGACGUUUGGAACGUUUGGUGUACGAGCUAUGAGUACAGGGGAUGCUGGUUCUGGUGCAGGAAAGGGUGGUGGAUCCGGAGGCUCGAUCAGAGAUGCUGGCGGUAGUUUCGGAAAGAUGGAGGCCGCACACGAGGAACAAUUUAUGAGAAAACUGGCACAAGAACAGUUGAAAAAACUGAAGGAGCAUCACGAGGAUGAGAUCAAACAGCAUGAAGAUGCAAUCAAGCGACACAAGGCAAACAUCAAGAAGUUAAAACCUGAUGCUGGUAGUGACAGCGACAGUGACUGAGGUGUCAAGUCCAAUGCGUUCUGGUCAUGUAAUGUAGGAAGUGCUAAUGAGUGGAUUACAAGUGUUUCAAAAAAUGGAAAGAGUGACUAGUUAAUUUAAACACACUUUUAUAAUAAAUGUGCCCAAACAAUGUUUGACUUGUGUUGUAUAAUAUUGAGAAAUAUACCAACUUUUUUCAAUCCUUGAGAGUCGAAGGACAGCUUAGUUUCAAACACCUCGUCAAAAUGGUGAACAUGUUACUUUUAUAGUAUUAGAUGUAUAUAUUUAGUACUGUGUGAUCUACAUUCUGUUCGUCCAGAAUAACCAGAAAUAAUACGGUAUAUGUAUUUUACCGUGACAUGCUUCUUCUUUCUAAAGAUAUGAUUUAUCAAUUAAAGGUACCCUAGUUA